CUGCCUCCCACCCACCCUGUUGGAACUGACAGCAGCAUCCAUAAUAAAGCUGCCCCGGCUGUGUUUGUAAAAGAUCCCUCGUUGCUUAUCCUUGUGUGAAAGAGAUAGUGGAGGUACAGAGAGGUGGCAAAUAACAUUUUGGUUGAUUAUUUGUCUUUGCGCCUUGCUUUGGACUAUGAGCAUGGACAUGUUGGCCAAGAAGGAGCGGAGAGCUCGGGAUGUGAAAGGCAUUCUGAAGAGGAACUGGGUUCUCAUAGCAACCAUCGCCUCUGUGCUACUGGGAAUUGGAUUGGGUGUGUUAGUAAGGGAACAUGCUGCACUCUCCCACCUUGAUAAGCAAUACUUUGGUUUUCCCGGAGAGCUCCUGAUGAGAAUGCUAAAGCUUAUUAUCUUACCCCUCAUUAUCUCCAGCAUAAUAACAGGAGUCGCAGCUCUGGAUGCUGAAGUGUCAGGCCGCAUUGGAUUCCAUGCAAUCAUCUACUAUUUCUCCACUACGAUCAUAGCUGUCAUUCUUGGUAUAGUAUUGGUAACAACUAUUAAACCUGGAGUCUCUCAGACAGUAGACAACAUUGACCGAUCUGGAUCCACUCCAAAUGUCGCCACCGCAGACACGCUGAUGGAUCUUAUCAGGAAUAUGUUUCCAGAGAAUCUGGUCCAGGCAUGUUUUCAGCAGUACAAGACUCAGCGCAAGGAGAUAGAACUGCCUGUAUCAAACACCAGCAAUAUGGUUACAACAUUCCCACCUUUAUCCACUAUAUUGGCAACUAUUGCGCAGAACCUGACCAAAGACUACACUAUAGUGGGUACAUACUCAGAAGGCAUCAAUGUUCUCGGCCUCAUUGUGUUUUGCGUUACGUUUGGACUGGUCAUUGGCAAAAUGGGGGAGCGGGGACGUAUCCUGCUGGAGUUAUUUGAUGCCCUGAAUGAGGCCACUAUGAGAUUGGUCCAAAUCAUUAUGUGCUACAUGCCAGUGGGUAUCCUAUUUCUGAUUGCUGCUCGUAUCAUUGAGGUAGAGAACUGGGAUAUCUUCAGGAAAAUGGGCCUAUACAUGGUGACUGUGCUUAGUGGACUUGCCAUCCAUGCCAUUCUUUUCCUACCCCUGAUCUACUUUGUCUUUGUAAGAAAGAAUCCAUUCACAUUUGCUCUGGGGAUGACACAGGCUUUGGUAACAGCUCUAAUGAUCUCCUCAAGCUCCGCAACCUUACCAGUCACCUUCCGAUGUGCAGAGGAAAAUAAUAGGAUUGACAAGCGGAUCACCCGGUUCGUCCUUCCAGUAGGUGCCACCAUUAACAUGGAUGGUACAGCACUUUAUGAGGCAGUGGCGACCAUAUUUAUUGCCCAGCUAAACGGUGUUGACCUUGAUAUGGGACAAGUAGUGACAAUUAGUAUUACAGCAACACUAGCCAGCAUUGGAGCAGCUGGAGUCCCUAAUGCUGGAAUGGUUACCAUGGUGAUGGUGCUGACAGCAGUGGGCCUUCCUGCCAGUGAUGUCACCCUACUUCUGGCUGUUGAUUGGUUGAUUGAUCGUGCCCGCACUAUGGUCAACGUGCUGGGGGACGCCUUUGGUGCUGGAAUAGUCCAGAAGCUCGCAAAGCGAGAGCUGGAAAGGAUAGACCUUACUUCUGAUGUAGAUGUGGCCAAUCCAUUCGCCCUUGAGACCACUCUUGAUGACGAAGAGUGUGAGAAGAAAUCUUACGUCAAUGGUGGCUUCACUGUGGACAAGAGUGAUGCAAUUUCUUUUACGGAGACCUCACAAUUUUAGUCCCAAGCCAGUUAUGGAUGCUUGAAUCAAAUUACCUCUAAAAGAAUUUAGAGGGAUAGAAAAAUGAAAUCAGUGCCGUUACAAGGGGGAAGGCUCAUUCCAGAGGACACGUUCAAAUGCAGACAUUAUUAAUAGCUGUCAUUACUGUUCUCUCCCCACAUUUGCCCAAUUACUGUGCUGAACCUACUACUUUCUUUACGCCAAUUCAUUCGUGGAUUGAGGAAAAAAAUAUUGUGAGUGCUUCCAAAAUGUAUUGUCCUGUUGCCAAGAGAUAUGCAAAGGCACUUUUAAAACAUAUUUCUUACCUUAAUUGUGGUUUUUAAUUGUUUAAUACUAACAGUUGUUCAUGUAAAUGCUCAAAAAUCUGUUCUGCUUUCGAAGUAUGUUAAAUAUGUGUAAUUUUUUUUCCUCUGCCAACAAAGCAGAUUUGUGUAUACUGUGUGUAUUGCAGCAAAGAGCAUGUCCUUAACAAAACUUAUAUUUAUUACCUGUAGUGUUAAAAAGCAAUAUGGUACUGCUCAGCCUUGUAAUUGGCUUUUAGCGAGUUACUUUAAAGCUUCUCUCCCUCAAAUCACAAGUCUUACCAUUCUGUCUGAACACUUGCGGUUGAGACAUAAGCUAUGAACAUUGUAUAUCUCUAACUUGUGCCAAAUUGAAUGUUUUAGUCUGAAGGAAGCUAUUAAUAUUUAAUGAAGUAUUGCAUGAAGCAAUAUGAUGAACACCUCAGAUGUGGCCUUUGAAGAAUGAAUGAAUCCUGGAUAAUUUCGUUUCCCUCUCAGUAGCUAUUUUACAGUGUCAUUAUCGCAUGAUAAUGCCAUCAAUCUGGGAGGAUGAAGGCAAAUGGACUCCUCCUCCCAUGCAUACAAAGCAUGCUAUAGCCAUGGAGCACUGCUGACUUUCUUAGAAUCUCAAUGAGAGGAACCAUUGCCAUCAUUUAAAAAAAAAAAACAUUUCGUUUUCCUGGUGUAUAGAAACAGUGUAAACACUACUGGGACACUUUGCACAGGUGUAGAGAGAAUAUAAAUUGUUAUUAAAUAUUCCCAUAAAUGUGAUGACGGUUGAUGUGAUUAUAUAUUAGUGCCAAUCAAUUUAUUUUGUUAGUAUUUGAUUUACAUGUACACCUUUGGUUUUGUGAGCCAGGCUGGCAGUGGCAGAGGAAAUGAUCACUGUUAUGAUGAUAUAAUUGACAUAAGAUGAACCAGAAUUUACAUUGUACAGGCUGUUCAAAGCACAUUUUGCCAGAGUCUCAGUCACUUACAGUCAGUUAGCUUAUUGUAUAUCUCAACAUGUUAUGUAACUACAGAUGAAUAAAAUACAACAAAUCUGA